AUGAUCCCUGACGAAAAGCUGUACAGAAGAAACUCUGCUGGCAGAUCCAUUAAACGAUUAAUCUACCAUCCAGGAUCAACUUUGAUCUCUCCUCGUUCCUCCUGCCUUCGUUUCCUAGAUCUGAUCAUUAUUAUCCAUCUAUCUAUCUAUCUAUCUCUGUUCAUAUCUAUCUCGACCUGUUCAUUAUCUAUCUAUCUAUCUAUCUAUCUAUCUAUCUAUCUAUCUAUCUAUCUAUCUCUGUUCAUAUCUAUCUCGACCUGUUCAUUAUCUAUCUAUCUAUCUAUCUAUCUAUCUAUCUAUCUAUCUAUCUAUCUAUCUAUCUCUGUUCAUAUCUAUCUCGACCUGUUCAUUAUCUAUCUAUCUAUCUAUCUAUCUAUCUAUCUAUCUAUCUAUGUUCAUUUCUAUCUGUCUAGCUACCUCUAUUCAUUUCUGUCUGUCUGUAUAUCUAUCUAUCUAUCUAUCUUCCUCUCUGCUGACCAUCAUGCUUUUUUAUGCGUCGCGUCCUUUCAGGGCGUAGACGAUCAUGGCUCCCCACUCCCCUCUAUCCCUUGUGUGGCUGUACUAAAAAAAUCAAUCUAUCUCUGUUCAUUACUAUCUGUCUGUCUGUCUGUCUAUCUAUCUAAAUCUGUUCAUUUCUUUCUAUCUAUGUCUCUUCAUUUAUUUAUUUCUUUCUUUCUUUCUUUCUUUCUUUCUAUCUAUCUAUCUAUCUAUCUAUCUAUGUCAGUGAUUGUAAACGUGGUCCAGCAUUUCUAA